GAAUGGCGGCUCUUUUGGAAUCGCUGCUGUCGAGGAAAGUGGACCUUUGCAAGGUCUUGGACUGGCUGAAGAACGUCCAGCAGGAUAGCGACCGGUUGGCUUUCAGCGAUCCGGAGUUGACGAUCCAUAAGCAGGAAUUCAUCCCGUUCUUGCUGAACUUCCUGCGAGAUCAAAGUAGCCAGGCCCUUACCCAUGGCCCCGCCACCCCUGCCAAGACCCCCACCCGGCCCAGGCCCGCCGCCUCCUCGCAAGGCUUCGCCGAGAAGAGGGCCUGCAGGACGGCGGGCGCCGGCUUUCGCGGCGCCAGCCGGGUGCAGCUGUUUUCCCCCACUGCGUCUCCGGGGUCCGAGUCGGGCCUGAGUCAUGUCAGCAGCCCGUCCUUUUCCACCACAUGGAGCCCGGCGUGCAGGCCUUCCGGGUCGGACCGGAGGCCGAGCCAGAGGAUCAGUCUCGGGGACUACGUGCUGUCUUCCCCGGAGCUUACGAAGAGCCGCAGGAGGAGCGGGAAUGGCGCGGGGAGGCACGUGGGAGGAGGGCGAGCGGCGCAUCACGUUGAUGACAACGGGAGUAGAAGCAGCAGAGGAGCUGCCUUCGGCGGGCCCAAUGAGCAGGUUUCCCCUCCGUCUCUGGGUCAGCUUAAUUUCAACAACUUGGAGGAUUUCCCGCCCGUUGGCUCGUCUUCUGUUUCCCCCGCGGGGAGCAAACCAUCCAGAAGAAUAAAUCCGACGCCGGUAAGCGCUGAGCGGUCGCAUUCCAAGCCGAAGACGUGCUUCACCUCAACACCGUUCGCCAAAGCUCCCAGCCCGUCGUCGCCGCCGACGGGAGUGGCAGUGGAGAAGCCCGACAGGUCGGUGACAGCGGUCAGCCCCCACGGCCUGAUGGAGGAGAGGGAGCUGCUCAAGAGAGAAAAGUCCAAACGAGCCCAGCAGACAUGCUCUCCUCCGCCGGCCUCAGCGGAGCCGUGCACGACGACCAAGUGUGUGGUCCGAGUGGUCGGCUCCAAGGUGACGCCGGACCAGCAGACGCCCUGUCCUGAACCGUCUAAGGUCACGGCGGCCUCGGAUUUGGACGUGUUGGCUGAGCUGUACUGUGCCUGCAUUUCUGAAAAUCUGGUGCCAAACAUUUUUCUGGAGCUCUUCUUUGUGAUGCAGCUGCUCACGUCUCGAUCUCCUAAUACUUUUGACACCAAUGAUGACAAUGAGGAGGAGGAAGGGAGUGUAUGUGUGCUCAACUCAGAUGUGCUGGAGAGACGCUACUUGAGACAAGUGCACAACUGUGUCUACUUUGCAGUGAAGGUGCUGGAAAAUCAAUAUCAGUUGUUGGCUCACCUGGACAAAUGCACGUUGCGUCUCCUGGCCGAGAACGAGAGAGUGGCGUCGUUCUCGCCGCGCCUCAGGGAUCGUUUGAGUCAGGCCCAGGACCGAAGCACAGCCAGGCUCUCUCCCUGCGUUUCCACGUUCAUCCACUCGGUGCCUUUCCAGCCUGCCACAGACAAUCGCUUCAACUUCAUCAGUGACAAGGCCUUCCACACGUUCAAAAAGCAAAGAGACAUUUUUUACGAGGUGCUGCGAGAGUGGGAGGACUUCCACAAGGAGCCCGGCUGGAUCUUCGACGUCGCCCUCGGGUGUCGCAUCAGAGGAAUGAUGAGUCAGCUGACCGCCGCUGGAAGUCAUUCGCACUUUGCUCGUCUCUUCCUGAAGCAGCUCGUUCAGAUGUGCAAAGGGCCUCGUGUUAACGGCUCAAGCGGCGACACCCCCGACGCCGACCUGCUCGGCAUGCUGGGAGCCGACGGCCUGGGCCGCCUGAAGCGUCUGGAGGAGCGUCUGAUCCAGCCCCACGGCGUCGGCGGCCCGUGCCCGCCGCCGUCCUUUCCCGGCCAACAGGAGUUCUUCCGGGACUUUCUGCAAGCGGCCAGUUGCUGUCAGCUGAGCCAGCACCUGCAGGACAACUUGUGUCGUCAACUCCUUCAGCUGGACGAAGUCUCCAUCUUGAGUCCUCCCGCUCCCGUCGGAGAACAAGGGGAAGAGGCCGAAGAGGAGGGCGGCGACGGGGACAUGGAGCAGCAGGACGAGAAACAGCGCUUCGCCUCGGUGCUCCUCCUGGCUCGACUCUUGGCCAAGUUCUUGGGCUUCAUCUCCUUCCUGCCGUACCAGACGGCCGAAAAGCCGUCGAGGGAGAUUCAGGAGGCGGCGGUCGCCCUGCGCAGCAAGAGCGUUCCUGUGCUUGACGUGUGCGGCGUGCUGAGGAACAGCAUGAGGCGCAGGCGCACCAUCUUGACGGUGCCCUGGCUGGUGGAGUUCCUGUCCAUGUUGGACUUCACCGGGCCGCUGCUGCUCGGCUACAGGGCGGUCCUGAGCACGCUGUGUCUCCUCUACAGGAAAAUGAUUCUGAGCAGAUGCGAAGAGACGUCUUACCUAAACAAACUGCUGAUGGUGUCUGUACUGGGAUGGCUCUUCCAGAUCCCGGUAAUCCCCGAGGAUGUGUUCUUCACCAGUGACUUCACCGAGGUGGCCGAGCUGGAGGAGAGCAGCGCCAAUGCUGCAGGACUCGACUGCAUCCCCCUGGUGGACCAGCAGCUCCUCUACACAUGCUGUCCCUUUCUCGGCGAGUUCCGCAAGCUCCUCGCCGCCUUCGUGUCGGGGAGCAGCGCCAAGGGCGGCGGCGUCGUCCGCAAGAUCACGCCGACGUCGGCCGAGCCCCGGGACGCGCCGGGCGGCGGCGAGCGCUCGCAGCAGAAGCUGCAGGCGGACCUGGAGCAGGCUUUCUUCCACAACCAGCCGCCGUCUCUGCGCCGCACGGUGGAGUUUGUGGCCGAGCGGGUCGGCUCCAACGCUGUAAAACACAUGAAGGCAACGUUAGUGAGCGAGUUGGUGGAAAGAGGGGAGAAGAUGCUCAGAGACGGACUGGAAUCAUCACCCAAAGCCAACCCGUCCAAACUGAACGAGUCCAUCUGCGCUCAGCUGUGUGAGGCGGGACUGGACUCCCUGAACAGAGCCACCAGAUUUUGCUGUGAAAAGAGUCCAGAAGCCAUACGUAUUUUGCUUCCUGAUGAGACCUCCCCUGCUGUGCUGGCCACGUCUGAAAACAUCACCAUACACCUGGCCACAGAAAAAGCCUGCAGCUGGCUCUCGGCGAACAUCACGGCGCUCAUCCGCCGAGAAUGGAAGUGCAGGUGCGAGCGCGCGAUCAAGACCUUGACUGCCGACUCCUCGGAUGAGCUGGGCCCGCCGCUCACGCCCAAGAGGAAGCCAGGGGGCGCCAGAGUGACGUCCUGCCCGCCUUACUGCACCCACAACGCCUCACUGCCCUCUGAUGUCCUCAUCGCAAUCAAGGACUUGCUGAGCGUGGCCGCGGGCCCCAGGACGGACGAGGAGCUGCCGAGCGGCUCUCAGCUCCAAACGCUCUUCUGGAGAGUGGGAGACACACUGGUCUGCAAAAAGUUCUUAACAGCCGUGUCAGAGCAGAUGCUGCUCAACUCCACUGUCCUGCUGGCCUGCAAGCUGGUGUCUGCAGAGCUGCCUCUCGCGCCUCGGUCAGGCGGCGACGAGUCCGAGCCUUGCGUCAGAGCGCUGCUGGAGCAGCUGGGCGAGCUUUGGGAGCGAGACAACUGUUGCUGCGCCCCCCUCCACCUGCUCUUCACCCCGCUAGCCGUCACCGCCGUGCUGAAGGCUGGAGACGGCGAGUGGAACAACUACUUGUAUGUGGUGAGGAGGCUGAUUGACCGAGGCCUCUUGUCCGAGGAGGAGCUCGUCUCUCACUGGACCAAAUUGGCAAAGCAGACCGUGCCGCCAGAGCUAAUGGAGAAGUUUGAACACGAUAACGUCUCCUCAUCGCUGCCCAGUCAAAUGGACCUGCUGCAGCUGUCUAAACGGACUCUAGAGGGCGCCACAUGACAAAAAGCCAAAAGGCAGGAAAAAGACUGAAACGACUCAAAUUUUAUGCUUCCCUCUUGUUCUUGGUCGUCUUGCAAAACAUAUACAUACACACACACAUAUAUGAUUUUGUCAAUGUAGCACUUUGACUUGCAAGUCCUUACAUGAAUGUGACACAUUUGUUCACCAUUUUCCUGUUUUGA